UAAAAAAUAUUUUGUGGUUUAGAAAGGAGAGAGUACAGUUUAAACUUUAAACUCUUCUCAGCCUCUCUCCUUGUGGUUGGAAUUCAAAAUGUGGUUAUCCACUUUCCCAACCGUUUCAGUCCCUUCCCCUCUAACUCCGCGGGAUUUCAACUGGAUAAGGUGUCAAGUGAAGAGAAAUGUGAAGAUCUCAAGAAAUCUUAAAUUUGCUAUCAGUUGUUCGGGCGGGGAUAAAGCUACUUCAAUUGGAUUUGAUGUGCCGUUCCCGAUGGACUACACUGAAUUACUUCAACAAGCUAAAGAAGCAUCUGAAUUGGCAUUGAAGGAUAACAGGCAGCUGAUGGAAAUUGAAUUUCCAACUGCUGGACUGGGUUCUGUACCAGGUGAUGGUGAGGGUGGAACAGAAAUGACUGGGAGUAUGCAACUAAUACGUGAGUUCUGUGAUCUCUUGGUUAUUCCAGAGAAAGCCACAAGGACCAGAAUUUUUUUCCCGGAGGCUAAUGAGGUGAAAUUUGCAAGACAAUCAAUUUUCGGAGGAGCAUCUUUUAAGUUGGAUUAUUUGACAAAGCCUUCUUUUUUCGAGGAUUUCGGUUUCACCGAAAAGGUCAAGAUGGCUGACCGCGUCAAGCCAGAAGAUGAACUCUUUAUAGUUGCCUAUCCAUAUUUUAAUGUCAAUGAGAUGCUUGUCGUGGAAGGGCUAUACAAAGCAGCUGUGUCGAACACUUCCAGGAAACUGAUUAUAUUCAAUGGAGAGCUUGAUCGAAUAAGAUCUGGUUAUUAUCCGUCAUUCUUCUAUCCAAAGCUGGCUGCACUUUCCAAGACUCUUUUCCCUAAGAUGGAGACAGUAUAUUAUAUUCACAACUUUAAAGGACGAAAUGGAGGAGUCCUGUUUAGGUGCUACCCUGGUCCUUGGAAAGUUUUGCGAAGAGUAGGGAAUGCAUACAUCUGCCUGCAUCAACAGGAAUCAAUGCCAUCCUUGAAAGAAGUUGCUUUGGACAUCCUUCCAUCAGCAUGAUUCUCUGUGCUUCUACAUUACAUGGCACUACCCAAAUCUUCUUGUUGUGUGCGUUCGUUAUAUGUUGCUAAUAAUCGGUUCGGGGGUUUGAUAUCAAACGGAUAAUAUUUCAUUAAUUGUGUUUCCUUAAAUGCCUUAUUAUACCGUGCAAACUGCAAAGUGUUAUACUUUCUACAUGUUCAGGAUCUUGAUUCUGCAUACUACUUUUUAUACGAAUAUUUGAUUACAACAUCAUUGAUAGUGGGUCAAAACCCAUAAUUAGUUAAUCUCAUUUUGCAUCAUUUCUUCUUUUUGUUUCGAUGACUAUCUAGUCCCACUGAUUUAAGGGAGAAAGAUGGGCAACCAGCCAUUUCACCCUUUUCGCAUUUAAAAAAUCCCACGGAAAAGGAAUAAUGAGAAUGGAAGAAUGUCUGGUAGUGGUACUAUAUGAAUAGGCUAUAUUGGGAUUUGACAAGUCCAAUACACAAUUUAGUACACAAAUAGUCAAAACGAAAGGAUCGAAAUAUUAUAAUGAAAAGCAAGUCCAAGGAUUAUAUUCAGAGAAAAUGCAUAAAGACCCCAUUUAACUUGUCCCGGAAAAUCAUUUACACACCUAAACUUUACGGGUCCUAACACCCCACUAUUGUUUAAAGAAUUGUAUUUAUUUACUCCCUCCUAAGCCCUAGCCCAACUAUAAUAACUUGAGUGGGAAACACGCACUUUUAUUAUGAAGCCACGUAAUUAAAUUCUUCAGUAAAUAUACAUAACAGCCUUCAAAACUCUCAUUCACCCGUUAACCCCCUUAGUAAAAAAUUCCCAAAUUGAAGAACCCUAAUGCCCCACCUUCAAAGAUUCGAUUUGCCUCACCAAAAUCGAAGGGACCUGUUGCAAAAUCCUUCGAUUUCGUUGUUCCUUAGGGUUCCGUUUGUUCUCAAUUGUUUCAUUUGACGAGAUGGUGGAAGACCCGUUCGAAGUUGAAGGUCUUUAAAGAAUCAAGUUCAAACGUUAUCUUUGUUUUAGUUUGGAGGUAAAUACAUCAACCCUAGCCUUUUCUAUCAUCCCUAAAUGUUAUCUCUGUUUUAGUUUGUUUAAUAUCAUUCGUAUCUAGGGUUUUGAACUUGCUUCAAAUUUCUUCACUGUAAUGUUUUCAAUGUAAAAUCGAGUAACAGAAAUACAAUUUUUAAGGUGUAAUAAUAACCAAUUUUCAGCUUUUUCUUGUUG